AUGAAGUACUUCAUCUUUACCUGCCUGGUGGCUGUUGCUCUGGCAAAACAUAACUAUAAGCAGGACAAUGAUGUGUUCCAAACAACUCAGGACUCUGCUAGCAGUUCAUCCAGUGAGGAAUCUGAGGAGAAAAUCAAUGAUAAAAUUGUACAGACUGAAGAAGAAAAGGUCAACCUAAAUGAGCAGAAAAAAAUCAAGCAGUUUUCCCAGGACUUUUUCUGCCCCCAGUUUUGCCUGCCUGUUGCCCAACAGCAGACUGAUAUGAACCAGUGGGCCCAGGGUCAGACCAUCCGUAAUAUUCCCGACCAGGUUAAGAGCAACCAAAUUCAGCAGUUCAACAUCCCCCAGUUUCCCCAGGCUGUUCAUCAACAGCAGGUGCCUGUAACCUACUGGAACACCAAUAAGUAUUACACCAACCCAUAUGCUCCGUAUGUGGCUACACCAAAGCUAGUCCUCUUAACAGGAAAGAUGAUGGUAAAUGGAAUAGAGUAUGAUCCCUAA